GUGACACCCCAUAUCUCACAACCAUCGCCGCAGCUUAUGCGGUUCCACUGACAUGUGGGGGGCGAGAGGCCGAACGGACCUGCGGCCCCACACGUCGGCUUCUUGGGCAUUUGCCCGGGCGGCAAAGCCGGCAGCGCCUACGACCAAUCCCGCCCGCGCUCCACGACGCCAAAAACCGCGCGGGAAAACGGCUCCGCGCCCGCGCGCCAAACCCAAAAACAUCUUCUUCCCCACCGGAAAAAAAAAUCCUCCAGCCCUCGCCGCAUAAUUGCUCCUCGCAUCUUCCGAGCCGGGAAGGCAUUUAAAUCCCCCCCAAACCCUACCCUCUCUCCUCAUCCACCGCCCCCUUCUGAGUUCUGACCUCCCUCGCAUCACACCCAGCCCUUGGCGGCGGCGGCGCGCACCAGGUGUUCGACGGAAGUCCCCGCCCGGCGGGUGGCCCGAAGGCGGCAGCAAAAUGUACGUGGUGAAGCGGGACGGGCGGCAGGAGACGGUGCACUUCGACAAGAUCACGGCGCGCCUCAAGAAGCUCAGCUACGGCCUCAGCCAGGACCACUGCGACCCCGUGCUCGUCGCGCAGAAGGUCUGCGCGGGGGUCUACAAGGGCGUCACCACCAGCCAGCUCGACGAGCUCGCCGCCGAGACCGCCGCGGCCAUGACCGCCUCCCACCCGGACUACGCCUCGCUGGCGGCGAGGAUUGCUGUGUCGAACCUGCACAAGAACACCAAGAAGUCCUUCUCGGAGACGAUUAAGGACAUGUACAUGCACUUCAACGAGAGAUCUGGGCUGAUGGCCCCUCUGGUCGCUGACGAUAUUUAUGAAAUCAUCAUGAAGAAUGCUGCUCGCUUGGACAGUGAGAUAAUUUAUGAUAGGGACUUUGAUUAUGACUACUUUGGCUUCAAGACUCUUGAGAGGUCUUACCUCUUGAAGCUUGCGGGGAAGGUUGUUGAAAGGCCACAGCACAUGCUAAUGAGGGUUUCUGUGGGGAUACACAAGGAAGACAUUGAGUCUGCCAUCAAGACAUACCAUCUCAUGUCUCAGCGCUGGUUUACACAUGCCUCACCAACGCUUUUCAAUGCUGGCACUCCAAGGCCCCAAUUAAGCAGCUGUUUCCUUAUCUGCAUGAAAGAUGACAGCAUUGAGGGCAUUUAUGAUACUCUGAAAGAAUGUGCUGUCAUAAGCAAAUCAGCUGGAGGAAUUGGUGUGUCAGUUCACAAUAUUCGUGCUACUGGGAGUUACAUUCGAGGAACAAACGGAGCAUCCAAUGGGAUUGUACCUAUGUUACGUGUCUUCAAUGAUACUGCUCGUUAUGUUGAUCAAGGAGGUGGCAAAAGAAAGGGUGCAUUUGCUGUAUACUUGGAGCCUUGGCAUGCUGAUAUUUUUGAGUUCCUUGAUCUGAGAAAGAACCAUGGGAAGGAGGAACAUCGUGCAAGGGAUCUUUUCUACGCAUUAUGGGUUCCCGAUCUAUUCAUGCAAAGGGUCCAGAAUAACGGAGAAUGGUCAUUGUUUUGCCCUAAUGAAGCUCCAGGGUUGGCUGAUUGCUGGGGCGAUGAGUUUGAGAAUUUGUACAAGAAAUAUGAAAAAGAAGGCAAGGCAAAGAAAGUUGUUCCAGCACAGACCCUCUGGUUUGACAUUUUGAAGGCACAGAUAGAAACUGGGACACCAUAUAUGCUUUACAAGGAUACAUGCAAUAGGAAGAGUAACCAGCAGAAUCUGGGCACAAUAAAAUCGUCAAAUUUGUGCACUGAGAUAAUAGAGUACACAAGCCCUACUGAAACUGCUGUCUGCAACCUUGCAUCUAUUGCUUUACCACGCUUCGUAAGGGAAAAGGGUGUUCCUUUAGAGUCCCAUCCAUCUAAGCUUGUGGGCAGCACUGAUUCGAAAAAUAGAUAUUUUGACUUUGACAAGCUUGCUGAGGUUACCUCAACAGUUACUUAUAAUCUCAACAAAAUUAUUGAUAUCAAUUACUAUCCUGUUGACACCGCAAAGAGAUCAAAUAUGCGGCACAGGCCAAUUGGCAUAGGUGUUCAAGGUUUGGCGGAUACUUUCAUAUUACUUGGCAUGCCAUUCGAUUCACCUGAGGCUCAGCAGUUGAAUAAGGAUAUUUUUGAAACAAUUUACUAUCAUGCUCUGAAAGCUUCUGCCGAACUUGCUGCUAAAGAAGGUCCUUAUGAAACAUAUGAAGGCAGUCCUGUCAGCAAGGGCAUUCUUCAACCUGACAUGUGGAAUGUAGUCCCAUCUAACAGAUGGGAUUGGCCAUCUCUAAGGGAGACUAUUUCUAAAGUUGGGAUCAGAAAUUCUCUUCUUGUUGCUCCAAUGCCCACUGCUUCCACUAGUCAGAUUCUUGGCAAUAACGAGUGCUUUGAACCCUACACGUCUAACAUAUACAGUCGACGGGUUCUAAGUGGGGAGUUUGUUGUGGUUAACAAACAUCUUCUUCAUGAUCUGACUGAAAUGGGUAUUUGGACCCCUACUCUGAAAAACCAGAUAAUAUAUGAAGAUGGUUCUGUCCAAAAGAUGACAGAAAUCCAAGAUGAUCUUAAAGCAAUCUACAAGACUGUCUGGGAGAUCAAGCAGAAAACUUUGGUUGACAUGGCGGUUGAUCGUGGAUGCUAUAUUGACCAGAGCCAGAGCCUCAAUGUCCAUAUGGAGCAACCCAACUUUGGGAAGCUAACAUCGCUGCACUUCCAUGCUUGGUCCAAGGGCCUGAAAACUGGGAUGUACUAUCUACGCACAAGAGCAGCUGCAGAUGCGAUCAAGUUUACAGUUGAUACCACACUUCUGAAGGAGAACGGGGUGGCUAAUGGCAAGCCUACAGAGGAAGACGUGGAAGCCAAGAUGGCACAAAUGGUCUGUUCUCUGAACAACCGUGAAGAGUGCCUGGCGUGCGGAAGCUAGACGGAUCCGCGCUUUCUUUGUUCAUGACCCCAAUAUUAUACAACCGGCUGAUGAUUGGAGUUCAAUAACCAGAAGGAAGUCUGUGAUGUAGGUUGAGUUAUAGAUUCCCAUGCUGGGAAUGCCUUGGUCCCCGAAUACUGCUACCUCCCGCUUGUGUUGUACUGAAAUAUUUGGGCUGAUGCCCAUCCCAUGUAUAUAUAUCUACUACUGUCAAUGUUAUUGAUGUGUGCCAUCACAUUUUCUUGUGAAAUAUUUGCAAUACUCACUUUGCAUCA